UGACAUUUGACAGCAUGGCUGCCACGGGUUUGGAUUCCGAAAUCAUGAAAAGUGAUAAAUAUUCAAUAUUAUUGCCUACAUACAAUGAAAGGGAAAACUUACCGAUUAUAAUAUGGCUUAUUAUGAAAUAUCUGGAGAAAAGUGGCUAUGAUUUUGAAGUGAUAAUAAUUGAUGAUGGAAGUCCCGACGGCACACUGGAUGUGGCCAAACAGCUGCAGAAGCUAUAUGGAUCCAGUAAAAUAGUUUUGCGCCCUCGAGAGAAGAAGCUGGGUUUAGGCACAGCGUACAUGCACGGAAUAAAGCACGCCACCGGCAAUUUCAUCAUUCUAAUGGACGCUGACCUUAGUCAUCACCCUAAAUUCAUCCCAAAGAUGAUAGAGCUCCAACGGAAGCAGGACUUUGAUGUGGUUUCCGGCACUCGCUACAAGGAUGGUGGUGGGGUCUAUGGCUGGGACUUCAAGCGGAAGCUCAUCUCCCGCGGUGCCAAUUUUGUCACACAGAUGCUGUUGAGGCCUGGGGCUUCUGACUUGACAGGGUCAUUUAGAUUGUACAAGAAGGACAUCCUACAGAAACUCAUAGACAGUUGUGUGUCCAAGGGCUAUGUGUUCCAAAUGGAAAUGAUUAUCAGAGCGCGCCAACUAGACUACACCAUCGGUGAGGUGCCCAUCACGUUCGUGGACCGCGUGUAUGGGGAGUCUAAGCUCGGAGGCUCUGAGAUCGUGCAGUUUGCCAAGGCCUUGCUAUACUUGUUCGCUACCACGUGAUUUUAUUAGGAGAAGAGGAAGGAAGGGUGCUGAAAGAAGGCUAUUUAAGAAUAUGGAGGCCCUGCACGAAAUUAAAUUUUUAUAAUAGAUACAAAGUACAUAAUACGAAAGGACAUACAAAAAUAAUAUACUUAGAAAAAUAGUUAUUUAUUACAUUUAAAUGAUUUAAACAUAAUUUCGCAUGAUGUUAAAAUCAUUUACAAAAACCGCUAAAAAUUAAAAUACGCCUUUGUUUUUAUUUUUUUUAUUUUUAAUUUCACUCACCACUUUUAUUUGAAUUUUUCACUUUUCUAAACAAAUUUAUUGGAAAACGAACAUAACGUUUUUACAAUAAAACCAAGGAUGAUUUAUACAGAAUUUACAAUCUUCAUACUAAGAAUCGUACCUCAACUUUUUAGCGCCACUUAUUAAAUACUA